GAGGAGAAUUACAUUACAUGUAUUCUCAGUGAUGAGACGGAUUCCACCACUUCUGUAACCAUACCUCCUCAAUCGAAGACAGAAGGUAGUGGAAAUGCUGGUGAAAUUCCUCCAAAUGAAUCUCCUGCUAAUGAAGGCAGUCGUGUGGAGAAAUUACAUUUUUGUGACCUUUGCAACUAUAGUUCUACGUAUAAGGGGAAUGUUGUGAGGCAUUAUAAACUUGUGCAUAAUAAAACAAGUAACAAUAUCCCUGAUGACUGCAGUUUUUCUUCAUCAUCAUCUGUGGAUGCUAAGAGCAUAAUUGGAGAUGGUGAAGUCAGGUCACAACUAACAAAUUUGGGACACAGUGUUAAUAAUGUUGGAGAUGAAGAUGAAUCCUUGAAAGCAGACCAAACUGUGGACAUAUCUGUAAAACAAGAGAGGGAAAUCGAUGAUUCAGAAGUCAUUGAAGAUUAUUCUGAAGGCGAUAAAAUUUCAGAAAUCAAAAAUGAGCCUCGGUCCUUGUCUGAUGUCGAAGAUGCCCACGUAGCAGAUAAAUCUUCCAAAGGUGAAAGUAAGUCAGGUGAUACAGAGGAUACUGAUCCCCUGGAGUUGUCAGGAAAUAAGGUUAAGCCUCCUGGCCCCAAAUAUUGUAAGUCAUGCGAUAUCUCUUUUCAGUACCUGUCAACUUUUGUAGCGCAUAAGAAGUUUUACUGCUCAAGUCAUGCUGGAGAAAAUAAUGGAAAUAGGACUGCUGAAGCAUCUGCAUUGUGAAAGUCAGUGAAGAAAUCUCAGUAAUUACAUUAAGUGUUAGCUUUGGAUCUAAAGUGACUGCUGAGAAUUCUCAGAAGAACCUACCUUCACCUUUUCCCAUUGUCCAUUUCUUAUUGAAUAUAUGUAAAUGUCAGUGUUUUUAGCUUAUGAAAAAGAAUUUGGUGUGUAUAUUUAAAAUGUAAUUGUAUUUUUAUGAGUCAGUCUAGAAUGAUGUGAGCAAAGGUCUGUUUCCAUGACUGGAUUAAUUAGCUUUACUGGGGAAACAAAUUUUCUGGAAUCUCAUGAAAUCAUUAUUUGUGAUUUCAGAAAGUAUACUUUUUUCUGUAUGUUAUUUGCUAAGGCAGCAAGUUGAGUUUCAUAAAAUCUUUGUUAGAUCAAAUGUAAUAAGCCAACAAUUCAAUUGUAGUACUGUUAAUGAAUGUAAGCAUUGUCUCGUUGUUACACUCCACAAUAUGUUUUCCAUGUGUACAGAUACGAAGCACUUGUUGGACAUCAAGAUGCAUGGUCUUGUAGCAAAAAGAUAUAUAGAAGCAGCUUCACUGAAUUGAAAGAUAAAAUGUACAAAUAACUUGUUUUAUAAUGGAAUAUAAAAAAUUUCCUUGUAGCAUCAUUAUGUAUGUAUCAAUAAUGUAUAAACUAUCACACAUAUCUACACAACCCAUGUGUUGAUAUAGAUUAGAAAUGAAAUGUAAUAGAAGGAAUUAGAUAAUUCAUGUUGUGUAGAGUAGGUUAAGAGAAAAUGUUGAUGCAUAACUUAUGAAUAUCACACAUAUUUGUAAACAUAUUGUGAAAUGCAGCUAUAAAUUAGCAUGGUUUGUGAAAAAUUCCAAAUCAUUUUCCAAUGAAACAGAAAUGUAAUUCGAUUGUAUCUCAUUAAUGGAUGAGAAUCUAUCAUUUGUUUUCCUUGUUGUGUGAUAUGUAGGAAUAUAAAUAUGGUUAAAUAUACCAAAUGUGAUUUUAACAGUAAGAUUAAGGGUAAAAUCAAAAGUCUUAUAUUUGCCCAGCUCUAAAACAAGUAUAUUUGAUUUGUUGAGUAUGAGAUUUUUCACCUCAUCUGUGUGUAAUGUGGAGUAGAACCCAUAUAUUGGUCAGUUAUAUAAUAAUGACAAAGAUUGUCAUCAUGUGCGAAAUAGAAAGUUGUCAAAUGUAAUGAGAGAAAGGUUUUGUUUCUAGAAAAUGUGUUUACUUUAAAACACAUUUUACAUUUAUUUAGAGCUUGUUCACUGAAAGAUUGUUUGAUAGCAAUUUUAUCUUGCCAAAGCAAUGUAAUAAUGUUCUAUAACUCAAGAAAUGUUUGAGUACUUGCAUUUUGGAGUAUGUAACGAAAUUUGCAUGUCAAGUAGAACAAUUUCUUUUUUAAGUUUUUUGCAUUUUAUAUUUUCUGAGGUAAAUUCAGUGUUAAAUAGGUAUAUUUCAUAAUAGGCCUGUGUCUAUAUUAUUCUUUGUAAACAACAUUAUAUUAAUAAUUGUUGGUGCUAACUGGUAUGUAUUGUGUCCGAUAUAACUCGCACAUCCAUCUUCUAACGUAGCGAGUCUAAAUCAGCCACAGUCCGGAGACAAUAAAUUAUUUAUUUGUAACAAAAGAAAAUCUGAACUUUUCCUGAACUAAAGACUUUGUUUCUCUUCAUUUUAUUUCCUCUUUUAAGGGACCAGCAGAAAAAAAAUAAAAA